AUGAGUUCGUCUGAAGAGAAUUUUGACCUCGACGCCAUUUCUGGAAACGAGAGUGUGAGCGACUACGACUCGCCUCCACCAAAGAAAGUAACCAAGGCACCCGCUAAGAAGGCCGCGAAGACGACUACGAAAGCUGCCAAACCCCCCGCGAAGUCAAAGCCGGGUCCUAAGAAGAAAGUACUUGCCCCCAAGGAUGAAAACGCUGACGGCGACGGGUUGGACGGCCUGGAGGAUGCCUCGGAUGACGGUGUUUCGGGGCCCGUCGCAGUGACGAAUGGCCGGAAGGACAAAACCGCGUCGGAAAUGUAUCAAAAGUUGACUCAACUCGAGCAUAUUCUCAAACGACCAGACUCCUACAUUGGUAGUGUCGAGACUAUCACACAGCCAAUGUGGACGUAUGACUCCGAAAACAAUCGUAUGACACACCGAGAGGUCAAGUACGUACCUGGCUUUUUCAAGAUCGUUGACGAAAUCCUUGUCAAUGCUGCCGACAACAAGAUCAAUGAUCCCACCAUGGAUACCAUCAAAGUGAACAUUGAUGUAGAGGAAGGAACGAUAUCAGUCUACAACAAUGGUCGUGGUAUACCCAUCGAAAUGCACUCCAAAGAGAAGAUGUACAUUCCUCAGCUCAUUUUCGGUCACCUUCUUUCAUCUUCUAACUACGACGAUGACGAAAAGAAACUCACUGGUGGUCGCAACGGAUACGGUGCAAAGCUAGCAAACAUAUACUCUCUCGAAUUCACCGUCGACACCGCUGACAAGAAUACUGGCUUGAAGUACAAGCAAACUUGGACCGAUAAUAUGAAUAAAUGCGGCAAUGCGAAGAUAACGAAGAAUGGCAAAGGCGAAGAGUACACUAGGGUCACGUUCAAACCCGACCUGAAGCGGUUUGGCAUGAGUAGAAUCGAUGAAGAUACUGUGUCUCUCCUGAAGCGGCGUGUUUACGACCUGGCGGGCACGGUCAGGAACGUCAAGGUUUUCCUCAACGACGAGCGCUUGAAGAUCAAGAAUUUCAAACAAUACGUUGAAUUGUAUCUCUCAUCUGCUGCAGCAGAAGCCUCUGCAGCAUCCGGUGGUGCUGCGCUGGUGAAACCAUCUUUGAUCCACGAGCAAAUAGGUGAUCGGUGGGAAGUCGCCUUCGCCGUUUCCGAUGGGACGUUCCAACAAGUCUCGUUUGCCAAUUCCAUCGCAACUACGAAGGGUGGCACCCAUGUCAACUUCAUGGCAGAUCAAAUAGCGAAGAACCUCAUUACCGCUAUCACUAAGAAGAACAAAGGUGCUACCGUCAAGCCCGCCCAGAUCAAGAAUCACAUGUGGAUCUUCGUGAAUGCCCUCAUCGAGAAUCCCACCUUUGACAGUCAGACAAAGGAGACACUGACGUUGACUGCUUCAAAAUUCGGAACGAAACCCACAAUAUCGGAAGAUUUCAUGAAGAAAGUUCAAAAGUCUUCCAUCGUCGAUCAAGUGUUGAACUGGGCCAAGUUUAAAGCUGACCAGCAAAUCAAGAAAACUGAUGGGUCGAAGCGUAAUCGUCUCACUGGUAUGACCAAGCUGGCCGACGCGAACAACGCGGGCACAAAGUACGCAGAGCGCUGUACGCUUAUUUUGACCGAGGGAGACUCUGCCAAAGCCUUAGCCGUUGCUGGGCUUGGUGUAGUUGGGCGUGAUCACUUCGGCGUGUUCCCGUUACGCGGAAAAUUACUCAACGUUCGCGAAGCGAAACACGACCAAAUCAUGAAGAACGAGGAGAUUCAAAAUAUUAAGAAGAUCAUGGGAUUGCAGCACAACAAAGAAUAUAUCAGUGUCAGCAGCUUGCGCUAUGGACGACUGAUGAUCAUGACAGAUCAGGAUCACGAUGGUUCUCAUAUUAAGGGCCUCCUGAUUAACUUUCUCGAUCAUUUCUUCCCGUCGUUGCUAAAAGUUCCCAACUUCUUGGUGGAAUUCGUGACGCCAAUUGUGAGGGUCAGCAAAGGCAAACAGCGGAUCGACUUCUUUACAAUCCCGGAGUAUGAACAAUGGCUUGAAAAUACACCCGAUGCACACAAAUGGGACUCAAAGUAUUACAAGGGUCUCGGUACUUCCAGUGAUGCAGAUGCACGGUACUACUUUAGCAACAUGGCGAAGCACAUGAUACCUUUUGCAACCACGAAAGAAGGCGAUAGAGAUCUCAUUGAACUUGCUUUCAGUAAGAAGAAGGCGGACGAACGCAAAGAAUGGUUACGGCAGUUUAAACCGGGGACAUAUCUGGAUCACAACAUGGAUGAAAUCCCAUUCUCUGAUUUCAUCAACAGAGAACUUAUCCUCUUCUCGAUGGCUGACAAUGUGCGGUCUAUUCCUUCCAUGGCUGACGGUCUCAAACCGGGUCAACGCAAAGUCAUCUGGGGUUGUUUCAAGCGUAAACUAAAGAAAGAAAUAAAGGUCGCCCAACUCGUUGGUUAUAUUUCGGAAGUGGCGGCCUACCAUCAUGGAGAGGCUUCUCUUACAAUGACGAUUGUGAACCUCGCGCAGGACUACGUCGGAUCCAAUAACCUUAACCUCUUACUGCCUAAUGGGCAGUACGGUACACGUGAUCAGGGUGGUAAAGACCACGCUUCGGCUAGGUAUAUCUUCACUGAGUUGUCACCUUGGACGAGGACGAUCUUUAAUCCCGCGGAUGACCCUCUCCUGACGUACUUGAAGGAAGACAAUGAUUGGAUCGAACCGGAGUAUUAUAUGCCAGUUAUUCCGCUGGUACUUGUCAAUGGUGCUGAGGGUAUCGGAACCGGUUGGAGCACUAAUAUCCCCUCGUACAAUCCGGUUGACAUUAUCGCGAACCUCCGUCGCCUCAUGGACGGCGAAGAGAUGGUGCCAAUGCUACCUUGGUGGAAAGGAUUCAAGGGUACCGUCAGAAAAGUUGGCGACCACAAAUACGACGUCACCGGUAUCGCACGCAAAAUUAAUGAUACAACUGUUGAGAUAACUGAACUACCCAUUCAUAAAUGGACUCAGAGUUACAAGGCGGAGUUGGAAGCUAUGAUUGGAGAGAAAGGUGACGGUGUAAUCAAGGAUUACAAGGAACACCACGACAAUGUGAACGUGCAUUUCGCCAUCACUAUGGGAGCUAAGGACCUGGAGAAGGCUGAGGAACAAGGGCUUGUUGAAUUCUUCAAGCUGACGAGCAAGGUCAAUACCAGCAACAUGAUUUGUUUCAACUUCGAGGGCAAAAUUCAGAAGUAUGAUUCCCCAGAGGAGAUUAUCGAAGAGUUUUACCCCAAGCGACUCGCAUAUUAUCAGAAGCGGAAGGACUUCCUGGCCAACGAGUUGCAGACUCAGUUCGAGCGAUUGUCCAAUCAGGCUCGAUUCGUGAAGAUGAUAGUGGACAAGGAACUGGUGGUUUCGAACCGCAAGAAGGCAGACAUUGUUGCCGACUUGCGCAAGCUCAAAUUCCGUCCGUUCCCAAAAGUAAGCAAGGCAAAAGCCGCGGGAGAGACUGAAGAAGUCAUCAACCAAGACGAUGAUGCGGCUGAGGCUGAGGAAGCCGCUGGCUCCACAGAUUAUGAUUACUUAUUGGGCAUGGCUAUCUGGAGCUUGACCAAGGAGAAAAUUGAAAAACUGCUUCAACAAGCCGCGGAGAAAGAAGCUGAAUUAUUAGCCUUGCUCGAGCGUACACCCAGAGGAUUGUGGAAUGAAGACCUCGAUAACUUCUUGAAGGAAUGGGAGAAAUCAUGUCAGGAGUAUGAGAGCCGAAGUUUACUUGACGCCAACGGCAAAAAGAUUAAGAAGAAGCAGGCUACCCUAGAGCACCGAAAAUCACUGACAAUCGCUAGACCUCGUAAAGCUCUCCACUCAGAUGAUUCAGAGGAUGAUUUCAAACCGUCCAAGGCUGCUGCAAAGAAGAAGGCUGAGCCCAAACCCAAGCCCAAGCCUGCGGUUGCUGGACCCUCCAAGAUCGAGAGCGAAGACGAAAAGCCUGCUCCCGCGCCUAAGAAGGCCCCUGUCAAAAACCUGGCGAAGAAGGCCGAACCUGCCUCGGACUCCGAUCUGGAGAUUACUGGCCCUCCGCCGAAGAAAGCUGCGAAAGCACUGAAGCUGCUCGACUCUGAUUCGGAUAUUGAGAUGGCUGUUCCUGCUCCGAACAAGGGGAAAGGGAAGGCGUUAGCACAGGAGGACGGGCCCAAGAGGAAAUCGUACGUGUCUAAACUAUCGUCUUAUCCUCGUUUUAGGCCUACCACGGCAGAUGAUAGCGAUGACGACGAGGCUUAUGUCCGGCCUGCGACGAAGAAAAAGAAGAUUGGUCAGGCGUCAGUAACCGAUUUCUUCGACAAGAAGUCCUCCACGCCCCCAGAAGUUGCUCAGAAACCCGCUGCACGGAAACCGUCGGGCAGCAAGCCGGUACCUGCCAAGAAGCCGCCAUCCAAGAAGACAGCCAGCGACGAUGACGAAAUCGUUAUGAGUGAUACAGUGGCUGCUCGUGCGCCUGCACCGAGACGCGCUGCGACGAACAAGGCCAAGAAGUACAUCGAGAUUGACUCGGGCUCUGACGACGAUAAUGAUGAUAAUGAUGAUGAUGACAUGUUUGAGGAUGACUGA